CAAAGGCCAGCCAAAGAGAGAGAUGAGAACCUUUCAGAGCCAAAGUCAGCGCGGAGCCUUCAGUACCCUGCACAGCCUCAGCAGCAGCGCCAUGAGUCCACUCCGCACGGCCAGCAUCACCUUCGCAGCCCUCCUCAUCCUCACCAUACCAGUCUGCCAAAGUGCUCCAGCAGAUCUUCAGCAGGCAACAGCAGAUCAGGGGCAGCUACUCAGAGAGAUUGAUGCCAUGUGCUCAUCCUACCUCUCUGAAGACCUGAGGUUUUUGGCAUCUGAUGUCUUAGGAGAACUCUGUGUGUUGAUGCUGGUUCAGAAAUCAAAGGAGCUGAAUGUGAGAGAAAAUAGCAAAAGGGCCGACCUCCAGGGACCUGGAGGAAUCCAGAGCAGAGGCUACUUUCUCUAUCGGCCACGGAAUGGGAGAAGAUCCUUAGAGUAUGAAUGAACUAAAGAGUCUCCACCUCUGAAGCUUAGUGUACAGAGACAAAACAGACCCUGAGACCCAGGCUGCUGUACCGCCACUGAGUGAUCCAGACAUCAAACACAUCCCUCUGCCUCUGCUUUAUAGUGAUGUUUGAAUGUACACAAUGGAUAUUAAUUAAAACACUAUUAAUUUAUCCAUAUUU